UAACCAUCCAAAAGAGGCGGCAAAAGGAGAGAUCAAACAAAGGGAGGGUAAAAAACAGUAACAAAACAAAGGCAGCAGCACAAAGCUCGCGCACUCACUCCCCGCUCUUCGCCAUUGCCGUCCCCCGCCCCCUCUCGAUAGAAACGCCACCUCAUUCCCCACCGGCUCACGCCCUUCCCGUUGCCACUCCGCGUGGCCAAGAAGAAAGGCCGGGGAGCGUUGCUUCUUGGGGGGAGAGGGGGAGGUGAGGUGAGGUUGGCGGCGGUCACACCAUGGCCGCGGCGCCGCCUCCUCUUGUCGCCGGCGGCGGCGGGCGCAUCCUGCUCGCCGCCUUCCUGGCGGCCUCCCUCCUGGCCUCCGCGGCCAAUGCGGCCGUCUCGUACGACCACCGCGCCCUCGUCAUCAACGGCCGCCGCCGCAUCCUAAUCUCCGGCUCCAUCCACUACCCCAGGAGCACGCCCGAGAUGUGGCCCGGGCUGAUCCAGAAGGCCAAGGACGGCGGCCUCGACGUCAUCCAGACCUACGUCUUCUGGAACGGCCACGAGCCGGCGCAGGGGCAGUACUACUUCGCCGACCGCUACGACCUCGUCCACUUCGUCAAGCUCGUCAAGCAGGCCGGCCUCUACGUCCACCUCCGCAUCGGCCCCUACGUCUGCGCCGAAUGGAACUUUGGUGGCUUUCCUGUUUGGCUCAAGUAUGUGCCUGGCAUCAAGUUCAGGACGGACAAUGGGCCCUUCAAGGCUGCCAUGCAGAAGUUCGUCGAGAAGAUAGUGUCGAUGAUGAAGUCCGAGGGGCUACUUGAGUGGCAGGGAGGCCCAAUCAUCAUGGCUCAGGUAGAAAACGAGUUCGGGCCGAUGGAGUCCGUUGUUGGCAGCGGCGCCAAGCCGUAUGCAAACUGGGCAGCCAAGAUGGCGGUUGGGACCAACACCGGUGUGCCGUGGGUGAUGUGCAAGCAGGAUGAUGCCCCAGACCCUGUGAUCAAUACUUGCAAUGGCUUCUACUGUGACUACUUCACCCCAAACAAGAAGUACAAGCCGACCAUGUGGACCGAGGCGUGGACUGGAUGGUUUACAAAGUUUGGAGGUGCGGUGCCUCACAGGCCUGUGGAGGACCUUGCCUUUGCCGUGGCACGGUUCAUUCAAAAGGGAGGGUCCUUCGUGAACUACUACAUGUACCAUGGAGGAACAAACUUUGGGCGCACAGCUGGUGGCCCCUUUAUCGCAACCAGCUAUGACUAUGAUGCCCCGAUCGACGAAUUUGGUAUGCUUAGGCAACCGAAAUGGGGUCACCUGAGGGACCUGCACAGGGCCAUCAAGCAGGCCGAACCUGCAUUGGUUUCUGGUGAUCCGACAAUACAAUCGCUUGGAAACUAUGAGAAGGCAUAUGUCUUCAAGUCAAAGAUUGGAGCCUGUGCUGCAUUCCUGUCGAACUACCACACGAAUUCUGCUGUGAAAGUCAGGUUCAAUGGGCGUCACUAUGACCUCCCUGCUUGGUCCAUCAGCAUUCUGCCUGACUGCAAAACUGUGGUCUUCAACACUGCUACGGUGAAGGAGCCAACUCUGCUGCCGAAGAUGAAUCCUGUGUUAUGGUUCGCAUGGCAGUCCUACAGCGAGGACACAAACUCGCUGGAUGAUGGUGCUUUCACAAAGGAUGGCUUGGUCGAGCAGCUCAGCUUGACAUGGGACAAGUCGGACUAUCUGUGGUACACCACCCAGGUCAACAUUGGUGGGAACGAGCAAUUCCUAAAGUCUGGCCAGUGGCCUCAGCUCACUGUCUACUCUGCUGGACACUCAAUGCAAGUGUUUGUCAAUGGGAGAUCAUACGGAUCUGUUUAUGGCGGCUACGAGAACCCGAAACUAACAUUCAAUGGACACGUGAAGAUGUGGCAGGGCAGCAACAAGAUCUCCAUCCUAAGCUCAGCAGUUGGCCUUCCUAACACCGGGAACCAUUUUGAGUCCUGGAACGUCGGCGUCCUGGGACCGGUGACCCUCUCCGGCCUGAACGAGGGGAAGAGGGACCUCAGCCAUCAGAAAUGGACAUACCAGGUCGGCCUGAAAGGCGAGUCGCUCGGCAUCCACACCGUCACCGGGAGCUCCGCCGUGGAAUGGGCCGGUCCCGGCGGCAAGCAGCCACUGACAUGGCACAAGGCCUUGUUCAAUGCGCCGGCGGGGAGCGCACCGGUGGCGCUGGACAUGGGGACAAUGGGCAAGGGCCAGGUGUGGGUGAACGGGCGCCACGCCGGGCGGUACUGGUCGUACCGCGCCGCCGGCUCCAGCGGUGGCUGCGGGCGGUGCGGCUACGCCGGGACGUACCGCGAGGGCCGGUGCCUAUCCGGUUGCGGCGAGCCCUCCCAGCGGUGGUACCACGUGCCGCGGUCGUGGCUGAAGCCGAGCGGGAACCUGCUGGUGGUGCUGGAGGAGUAUGGCGGCGACCUCGCCGGCGUCGCCCUCGCCAGGCGGACCACAUGAGCCGCCGCCGGCGCCGCGUUCUACCAUGCAUCUGACUCGUACAUACCAUGACGAGGAGCAAGCCAACCACGCCGCAUCACGCGGUAGUUGUGGACGGUAUCUAUACACACCACACCGUACACUGAGAAACCACAGCAACGGUAUACAACAAGGCGAUGGGCCGGGGAGGAUGAGGAUGGCAUUUAUGUGCAAGGCGGAGAGGGUUGUGGUCGUUGCCGGCCAUCAGUGCGGCGGCACCGGCACACACUUCGAGCGUCCCCCAAUUCAAUUGGAUUCUUGUUUUCUUUUUCGAUUUUAAUUCUCUGAAUGUUACUACAGAGUAUGUGUAUGCAGUAUGCAUACGCAUGCAGGCAGCAAUGGUGCUUGCGGCAGCCUACUGCGUGCUGACAUGCUGUGUUUCUGCAAGCGUCAACAUGAACGCUGAUCGAUCUAGCUUGGCAUGGAAGGGUCAUGGCUUGAUUGCUGUUUGGA